AUGGCGUCACUGCGCCCAAUAAUCCAAUUAGCUCGCUGGCGGGCACCAGCCUACGCUCCAGCAGCUCUACGACGAUGCUUUGCGACAGCUUCUGACGUAAGAAAUCCGGCCUCGGGAACCCAACAACAGCUGCAUUCCGACAACCGAGUUAAGAUAGUCGAAGUAGGCCCAAGGGAUGGUCUACAAAAUGAAAAGAAAUCAAUUCCUCUAACUACUAAGAUCGAAUUAAUCGAGAAGCUAGCUAAAACUGGAGUGUCUGCCAUAGAAGCCGGGUCUUUCGUCUCCCCGAAAUGGGUACCGCAAAUGGAUAACUCUAGCGAAAUCCUUGAGCAUAUCCUGACGAACAAGAUCCCCUCACCAACUCCAAUUACAUAUUCCUUCCUUGCCCCUAACGCAAAGGGUGUUGAAAAUGCAAUAGCCCUACUCCAAAAGCACCCGGGUACCUAUCUGACGGAAGCCGAAUCGUUCUCGGGCGUAGGCGGUAAGCCGGCAGUAGAACUUGCUGUUUUUGCUGCUGCAACUGAGAGUUUCUCAAAGAAGAAUCUCAAUUGUGACAUCGCGACCUCUCUUGAGAAGUUCAGGGAUGUCAUACAAGGGGCGAAACAGCUCGGGAUUCGAGCACGGGCUUAUAUCUCGGUGGUCUUGGGUUGCCCUUUCGAAGGAUACGAUGUUAAUCCACAUAAGGUGGCCGAAAUUGCUACCUCGUUGCUAGAGAUGGGGGCUGAUGAGAUUUCCCUUGGGGACACGACAGGGAUGGGUACUGGGCCUCGCACACAGGAGCUCUUGAAGUGCAUGACAGCUGCGGGAAUACGGAACGAGGACAUUGCCAUGCAUUUCCACGACACAUACGGCCAAGCUCUUGUGAACACAGCCAUUUCUCUAGAGCGCGGUAUCAGAACGUUUGACAGCUCUGUUGGUGGUCUUGGCGGUUGCCCGUACAGCCCUGGGGCCACCGGAAACGUGGCAACAGAAAACGUAGUGUACUUCCUCGAGAGCUUGGGUAUGGAAACGGGCAUCGAUCUCGACGCUAUGGCGGACAUCGGACAGUGGAUCUCAGAAGAAUUGGGUAGGCCAAAUGACUCGGCUGUUGGCAAGGCCGUGCUUGGGGCUCGCAAGACUGGGUAG